GGCUGGAUAAGCUGGAAAUAUUCAUUCGACUUCAAAGUUUCUGGUGGUAAACAUAUGGAAUAGGAAAACUACAAAAAUAAUUUUCGAACCCAGAAAUUGUUUAAAUUUUUCGUUUGGCUAAAUAAUUGUGUGAGAUGGAUUACAACAGUGGUGCUGAAUUCAACUGGAAUUACGUGGGAGGUCAGGGCUCGGCCGGUAGCCAGGCCAUGUCUAGUUAUCCACAGCAGAUGGGGCAGAUGGGGCAGAUGGGCCAUGGCGGCUAUGGUGGUAGUGGGGUCAGUGGUGGUGGUGGACAACAUUGGCUGCACUCGAACCAGAGCAACCAGGCCUACCAGAACACGGUGCCAAACUCGACUCCUCCGGCUCCAUUCGAGGCGUACAACCAAUCGAUGAUGCGUUAUGCAAACGUACACAAAUCUGGAAACGGCGGAAUGGGUCAGAUGGGCAUGGGUGGAGGAAUGGGAGGCAAUUACGGUGGCUACGGCGGAAUGAAUCGCAAUGGACUUGGCAACGGUUUCGGUGGAAUGGGACAAAAUGCUAACAGCGGCUAUUCCAGCUGGUAAAAGUGUCUUUGAAGUAUAACUGCUUUCGCGUCUACUUGCAUAAUUAUUUGAAAUUUUCCCAAUCAGUUCUUUGCCCUUCAAAUGUUAACCAAACUACGACUUUUCCUGAGCUAUACCGAUUAUGAUAUUUAAUAAACUCGUUUUUUAGCAUCAA